AUGGCGGAAUUCAACAUCCAGCUUUCCCCAUAUCCGGAAUCAAACGCCGUCCCGUUCACCAAUGCACCUCAAGCCAGUAAACCGAAGCACUCUCGAACAAGCACACGAAAGGUGCGAACCGGAUGCAUCACUUGCAAGAAGCGCCACGUAAAAUGCGAUGAGGGAAAGCCUCACUGCAGCAAUUGUCUCCAUAAUCGGGGACACUGCGAAGGCUACGCCCUCGAACCGAGAAAGAAUGCCGCUGCAAAACCCGGCCAGGUCGUCUGGGAUUCCAGGCAAGCCACUCGCCAUGCCGCACACCCGAGGAUCCAGUUGAAAUUGGACCCUGAUGCUCUCGACUUCACCGACACAUCGAGCAUGCGCUACUUUGAAGAAUUCGUUAACCUGGCCAAAGCACCCUGGACCAAUGCAGCCGCCAGCAGCAGCUUGUGGGAAGUAACUCUCCCUCAGCUUGCACGCAACAGCAGUACCCUUCGAUCUGCCGCCAUGGCCAUCGGUGCACUCAGUGUAUGGCAUCGCCAAUCAGCCCAACGAAGCCUUCGCACAAUAUCCGUGCCCGAGAUGUCAACAAAUGAGAGCGACGAGCAUUACUUCAAUGCUGUCGCUCACUACUGCCAUUCCAUCAAGGAGCAGAGCCGCCAAGCAUCUCUUCAAGACGCCAUCAUCUUGUCUGUCCUUUUGCUCUUGUUCGAGACGCUUACGGAUAACAGGAAAGCCGCCCUGGAUCACGUUAAUCACGGUCUUUGUCUGAUGCUGUCUCUCAUCACGGACGAGAAUGCAGAACACUAUAUCAGGAAGCUGGCCCCGAACCCCAAGCCUCUCCUGGCUGCCAUCGCCGACGUUUUCAACCACCUUGCAAAACAAGCCCUGCCUACCUCGGACGUCGAUAUCGACGAUAUACCCACGGUCUUCAAAAGCCUCGACGACUUUGAAGACAGCUGGAAUGCCGUUCAGCGUGCACAAACGGCAAUGAUCCCCAUCAUGGUAGAAUACUUGUACAACUCGGACGUAAUUCACUCACACGACGAGGAGGUCAUCUAUGGGUUUCAUGUCAAUCUCCUACAGAACCCCCGGAUUUUGGAGUUCUCUGAGAAGUCGAAUAAGACCAUGGAAGCACUUGACGCCGGAUUCCGGCCCCUAUUCAACAAGAUCAUCAUGUCCCACGAUACCGACUCACCCCUCUACUUAAGAGCAAUUCAUCUGCGCCUACAGCACUUGGGCGUCUACACGUUCGACAACCCUCCAAUGUAUGUGAACAUUGAGUUGGUGAAGGCACGAACACCCCUCUUCCGAGAAUAUCUGUCUGUUGCUUCCAUCGCUCUCCGCGCGGCCAAACGAGAAGUUAAGAAAAACCCGGCUCAUCAAGUCUCCCUCCAGUGCAAUAUCACCUGGCACUUGAUGGUUCUGUCCUUCUUCUGUCGCGAUCCGCUUGCGCGCGAUGAAGCCGUGGAGAUGCUGAAAGAUUACCCGGGUCAAGAUGGCUUGUGGAAAACACGAGCUCUGUACGCCAUUGCAGCGCGAAACCGCACCAUCGAAUGCAUGAAUGCCUCCGAAGGCACGGCUGACGAACAGUGGCGACGGUUCUGGCGUCGCGAAUUCCUCUUCGAGGAGGGUGGAGACCGCGUUCUGCUCCGCUAUCUCGAGAAAGACGGUUUGCUUGGAACGUGGACGUUGGUGCAGGAGGCUGCCGUGGUCCGAGAUAAAGACGAAGACAUAGUAUGGACAAGGCAACCGGUGCAUGGGCGUGGCGGCCUGCUUAUGGCCGAAGUCUUCGGUGCCGAGCGUGCGGGAUAUGACAAGAAGAGCGGCCAAGGUGCCGAUGUUUAG